AUGAGUUGCUGGGAUCACUGGUUGCAUCAAUUUCACAACAGUCACUGCAGCUCAAGAGGUAUUAAAGCUACUACCAGGAUUCAUCACUAUGUAUGGCUUGGUAUCAGCUCAGAUUGUUGCAGCUGGGACCACUGCUGUGGUGCCUGUAAGCUUAGUACGGUUGACCUGCACAUCCAUGCCCCAGUUGGUGAUUUUCCUCUGGCUACAGGGAGGCUUAUGCAUGCCCAUGUUAACAUUGUCAAUCACUUCCUCACCUCUGAUGUUCAGCAGUAUCUUUUACCUCUCAUUGAAUAUUUCACCCACUGCCCAGGGGCAACACUAAUUUCUUACAACUCAGCUGAUACUGUGGCACUAGCAUUUGUCAGUAAGUGGACUGAUCAUUAUGCUUUCCUAUUCCACAUCACCAAAGGUUGUGAAAGGAAAUUUGAAUUCCAGCUGCUCAAAAAGCUUGCCAAAUUCUUUGGCACUCAUCAUCACCAUCCAGCCCAAAAUGAUAUGCUUCAGUGA